AUGAUGGGAAAAGUGUGCAUUUUUGCUUUCAAGGUUUUCCUCGGAAACCCGCACAUCUGUAACUGCCCCGCGUUUCAGAAAAGACGGGAGCUGUGCAGGCACAUCUGCUGGAUCUUGUUGAAAAAAUUCAAGCUUCCAAGGAAUCAUGAAUCUUUGCAGCUGGGCCUGGUGGAAGGAGAGAUCGACGACCUGCUUCGGGGGGUGGGCUGCCUGCCAUCCGCCCCCAAACCAGCCAACGACCCGCGUGCGCACACGGAAGGCGACGGGGGCGCGAAGCAGAAGGAGGUCAGCCCGGAGGACAUCUGCUCCAUCUGCCAGGAGCUGCUGCUGGAGAGGAGGCUUCCUGUCACCUUCUGCAGGUUUGGCUGUGGCAAUAACGUGCACAUCAAAUGCAUGAAGAUCCUGGCCAACUACCAGGACGCGGUAUCCAGCACGUCUAUGCUGAAAUGUCCGCUGUGCCGGAAAGACUUCGCACCGUUAAGCCUGAUCUUGGAGGAAUUCAAAAACUCGAGCAAACUGGUGACCGUGGCGGAGAAGGAGCGGCUGGACAAGCAGCUGGGGAUCCCCUGCAACGGCUGCAAGCGGUGCCCGAUUGAGGGGACCUGUUAUAAGUGCGCCCAGUGCGAGGAGUACCACCUGUGCCAGGACUGCUUCCACAGCUGCGGCCACGGCCCCCACGCAUUCACCUUCCGGGAGAAGAGAAAUCAAAGAUGGAAAUCGCUAGAAAAGAGGUCAGAUGAGACUGGAAAAUACAGAGAUAUCAGCAGUGACAUAGAAGAGCAGACACCACGUUUUCAAGAAAAGCCAGGCAGCACCGUUUACAAUAGCCAAGAUCGGGAAACAGCCCAAGUGCCCGUCAGCAGCCAGGUGCACACGCCGAGGCCCGCGGUGCGGUCGCUGCCCCUGCUGAUGAUCACGAAGAACAGCAAGCUGCUGGCGCCCGGCUUCCAGUGCCGCCUCUGCCUGCAGGCCUUCUGCCCCGGCCAGUACGCCAGGCUGCUCCCCUGCUCCCACAAGUUUCACAGGAAAUGUAUUGACAGCUGGUUACUCCACAAGUGCAACGCCUGCCCCAUUGACGGACAAGUCAUAUACAACCCUCUGCUCUGGAAAGACACAGCCGUGAACGGACGGGGACAUCGCUCCGUCCCAAACACAGAGGCCGCCCACCUGUCGAAGCAGGAGGAACCAGGGCUCUUCGUUCCUGGUACCGGGUUAGUCGUAAAACCAAACGGAGCUGGGACUUUGCCCAGCAUCCACCAACGUAACUCUGAAACGUCGAAGACGCCUCAGCGUCCCACAGACACCCACCAGGAAAUGACCACACGUGACCUGUCCUCUAUCAACGUAGACGAUGCAAAUUCAAGGAGAUUAAUCUACGAGUAUAAAAUCAGGCAACAUUUCCCCCGGUAUUUUCACGAUUUACCCACGGGAUCCUUUGGGAAAAUACCAUCUCAAACAUUUCUUCCUUCUAUCGCUCGUGAGAAUAACGUCUGUCCCCCUGGAACGGGAGGCCCCCGGGUCAGCGACGCCGGUCAAAGCCAGAAGCUGACCAAAGGCUCUAAACGUAUCAACCACAAUCUGAAGAAGAUUCUUGGUGCCAAUGUCAGAGAGGAAAACAGGAGACCAAACACUCCAGAAGAUUCCGAUCUUACUGUCAGUUGGGGUACAACUGAACUUGGUUUGUCUACAAGGUAUGAUAACUGUAUGGGGAAACUGAGAAACAAAUGCCAUCAUCGGUCAGGAAGGCCUGUGUCUCACCCUUUAUAUCAAACAUUGGAAGGAGUUCAGUUAUGAAAAUACACGUUUGACUAACAUCAGAAUUUUCUAACAUUUGGAUAUUGAACAUAAAAUGUUUUCUUUGUAGAACAUAAAACAAUACUUUGACAAAUGGGUAUAAAAUUCUCUGUUGUCAUUUUGCCUACUUGUCCAUGAAGAACU